AUGCACAAGACACACCCGAACUCCAAUCCAGACUUGAAGUUUGCACUCAAGAGAUUCCACAAGGAAGCCUGCGUUGCUCUGUGUCAAAAGUUCCCUCGGGACGAACAGGGCCGAUUCCUGGACGGCAAAGCAGUGUUCGCGCACCUGCAAUCUAUGAUGCCCGGCAAUGAAAGGGGGAGCAUCAUCAAAAUCUUUGCUAGUAUCGCUACUGUUGCUCAGGCAACCAAAGAUGUAUCUACCAACGAAAGAAGCCGAGAACACCUCAGAACACAGCCCAUCACUGCUCUCACUCAGCCUCAUUCGACGGUGGCGAGCCCGAGUCUUACUGGAAAUCAGCAUGUCAGCCAAGCUACUAUCCAAAAGAGAGCACCUGACUUUCGUUCAUUCGCGAGAUUGCUCGUCGACCAAAGAAAAGAUGCGGCAGGAUGUAUGAACACAAGUUCAAUCGAGCGAAGCAUUCGCCAGGCUCCUCUGCUCACAGAGGAUAUCAUUACCACACACUACCAAGACCUAGUGCCGCAAUUUGGCUUACUUGGAAGCCUCGAGGACGGCCGUUCUGAUACCCUCAAUUCUCAAUUGUCCUUGAACACGAACGUCCCGUUCUCGGCAUUCAUUUGCGGUGUCCAGGGAAGUGGAAAAAGCCAUACGACAUCGUGCAUCCUGGAAAACGCAAUUCUUAGAUCGCCGAAUAUUGGCCAUCUCGAAAGUCCUGUCUCUUCGUUAGUGUUCAGCUACGGCGAAUGGAGCAAUGGUGGUGCCGGCUUUGAUAUCAGUGAAGCAACCUUCCUUGGAGCUUCACAUGCGGACUUUCCAGAUCACCACGCUAAGAAGAUAACUGUGUUGUAUUCACCAUCAAAUGCUGCCAUCAAAAAACUGUACGAGCGUUUUCCAAAUGUUGAGAUGAUUCCCUUUCGGCUGAAAGCCGAGACCCUUGACAUCGGCACUCUGCAUACUUUGAUGGCUGUCAACGAGAAAUCAACCAUGCCCUUGUACAUGGCCACAGUAGAAGCCAUACUGCGCAAAAUUGCCUCUAAGAGCGUAAGUGGAACUCUGAACUAUCUUGAAUUCAAGCGCAGACUUGCGGCUGAGAGGUUUGACCCUGUGCAAACCACCAUGCUAAAGAUGCGGAUGAACUUACUGGAAUCCUUCCUUGACCUCGAUGGUACCGCAUCAGAACCAGACUUCAGCCCCGGGGAAAUCACCAUCAUCGAUCUCUCCGAUCCAUUCCUUACGACCAGCACAGCUUGCAUCCUCUUCAAGCUUGCAUUGGAGCGUUUCCUGCAAUCUUCAUAUAUGCUGGAUACUUCAGGAUCCAAGAUCCUCACGGACUACCUGACGAAGGUCAUUCGUUUGCAGCGCCAUCAAGGUGCUCGUGUGGUCAUCUCCACCCAGGAACCUACUAUCGCGACAGAUCUCAUUGCACUGUGCUCAAUAACUAUCAUGCACCGCUUCACAAGCCCUACUUGGUAUGAUGCGUUGAGGAAGCACAUUAAUGUUGUCGACGGUGGAAACGGUGUCAUGCAGCAAAUCGAGAGCCUCGACACAGGUGAAGCACUGGUUUAUUCUCCAAGUGUAGUGUUGGCCCAAAAUGACGACGGAAGCUUGGUGAAGGCGGUCGGACGCUUAAUGAAGGUGCGUGUCAGGAAGAGGGUUACACUUGACGGUGGGGCUUCUGUCAUGGCUGUGUAA